AUGUCGGUAAUCCCGAUGUCGCCAUCGCAGCCGGCCGUUUCCGCUGCCAUGACGCUGGCGGCGAAACCGGUAGCCGGCGCUGCGCCGUUAACAGCGAAAUCGGUGUCUGGCGGCGCGUCGCUGGCGGCGGAUGUGGUGGGUGACGUGUGGAAGGCGGAUUGGUACGUCGCGCAUUGCUACAAGAUCCCCGCUAUGGCGCAACUCAACCUCGUGCUCUCGCAGGUGGCGCAAGCGCCGACGCGGAGCGACAUAUCUCUCCCCAGCUGCGGCCCCGCGGACCUGAAGCGCUUCCACCGCGACCUGGCGGAGUUAAUCUCCUCGUCGGAAUUCGCGGGGAAGCAGCUCAACGUGUUUCUGCACGCCGUCCACUCCACCGCCUCGGGCCUCCAGAAAGACAUCUCGAAGCGCCUCGCGAACGAGAAUUCGUCCGUUUCAAAAAACUCUCGAAGCGCUACUUUCUCCUCUGGCGCGCAGCCGCCUAAGUCGCCAACCAAACCUACAUUCGCGGCUCGACUGCGCUCCCGGUCGUUGAGCGGAGUAACGGCGGCGGUGGCGCUGUUCCGCUCUCCCGAGAAUGCGGUUCCGCGCAGCAAAGACUCCGCCGUUGCGCGGGGAACGGGGGAGGGGGGGGCAGCGCCGGUGGCAGAGUCGGGGGAAGGGGUCAUUGCGCGGGAACGGGCAGAAGCGGGGGCAGAUGGGGUGACUAUAGCUGGAGAUGUUGCAAGAAACGAGGUUCGCGGCUCCGGUCCCUUCUCGUUCCGCCUCGCCCCGCCUUCCGCGCUUGCAGUGGGGGAGGCGGAAGGAGACGAGGAGGAGAGGGGGUUGAGGGGAGGAAGGGAAGCGGGGGGGGCGGCAGCUCUCCGCGGGUUCUUGCUCGUGUCCAUGCCACGUGCCGCCACGUCAGCAGAGGCGUUCUUUCCAUCGUCCACGUCAGUAGCCGUCCCUGCCACGUCACUAGAAAGAAGCGGGGACGGGGGCGGGGGCGUGGGAGGUAGAGCAGGGGAUGUGUAUGGUCCGCGCUUAACUAAAAGUCGGUCAGUAGCGGUGGAACGUAACCGUCACAGUUACAGCAGCGGCAGCAUCAGCAGGGGAGAAGGGGGAAGGAGAGGGGGACGGGGGAAGGCGGAAGGCGGAGGGGAAGCGGGCGGGGGCGGGGAGGGCGGAAAAAGGGCGGGAAAACCGCCCCCCAAGAGCAGUCACGAACGGUUACAGGAGAUUCUAAAGAAUGUGACUAUAGGGGGGACUAGAGGAGGACCGUUGCAGAUGGCGCGGGCUAUAGCGAGGGGGGGAGUGGGGGGAAGCUUUGGAGGGAGCGGACCAGGGGGGCCGGGGGGAGGUUCGGCGUCUGCGGGGGGAAUGGGGAGUCCGCGCGUGUGGGAGGGAAUGGACGGCCAGGAUGGCAUCUCGAGAUUCCACAGGGGAAUGUCGGUGGCGGAAAGAAGGGAGAGAGGGAAAGGGGCGGGAGGGGGGGAAGGGGGGAGCGGAGGGGGGAACGGAGGGGGAGCCAGGCGGUUUAUGCCCACGUCUCUGUCUGUAGUCUCCCGGAAAGGGGGAGAAUGGGGGGAGGAGGAGAUGGGGGAGGGGUGGGCGGAAGGGGAAGCGGAGCAGGGGGGAGCGGGGGAAGAAGGGGGAGAGGGGAGCAGCAUUGGAGCGAGCGGCAGUAGCAACAGCCAGUCACCUCGCCCUCUUUUGUCUCCUACUGCUCAGUUUCAACCCCCUACUGGUCCUCCUGUGUCGCCCAAACGGCCAGCCUUGUCGAAAGCAAAGCUACAGCAGGAGGAAAUGCUGCUACAGCUGCUUCGCUCCACCCCCCCCAUACGCUGGUCCCUGGCUAGUGAGGGAGGUGCUUCUGGGAGCGGGGGAAGUGCAAGGAUGGGCCGGUAG